AUUCACAUCCAUUUCUUCAAUCUUCAUAUCAAUAUCCUCUGCUUUCAAUUCUCUACCUCAAAGCAGAGUUUACAUACAUAUAUAUAUCCACACUAAAGUCAAAUUGAGUUUUGACUCCUUAAAUUCACCUCAACUUUAGUAUCUAUCUUGAGAAUUGUAACAUCAAAAUCACCAGUUUUGAUUCAAUUCUACACAGAAUAUCAAACCAAAAUGGGUGAAAACGCGGCCACGAAGCACCAACAAGCGUUCGAGCUGGGCGGAGGGUUCGCUCCUCAGGGGCCGUCGAAGUGCUUUGAUGACGACGGUCGUCUUAAAAGAACUGGGACUGUUUGGACUGCAAGUGCACAUAUCAUAACUGCGGUCAUCGGGUCCGGUGUGUUGUCACUGGCAUGGGCUACCGCGCAGCUUGGUUGGAUCGCAGGACCGACGGUUCUGUUUCUGUUCUCAUUUGUGACUUAUUACACGUCGUGCCUUCUCGCUGCCUGCUACCGAUCUGGAGACUCUGUUACUGGGAAAAGGAACUAUACUUAUAUGGAAGCUGUUCAAAAUAAUCUUGGUGGAUUUCAAGUUAAACUUUGUGGAAUGAUCCAGUACUUCAAUCUUGUGGGUGUAGCAAUAGGGUACACAAUUGCAGCAUCCAUCAGCAUGAUAGCAAUAAAAAGAGCAGAUUGCUUCCAUGAGAAAGGACAUCAUAACCCAUGUAAAGUAGAUGGUACACCAUACAUGGUCAUGUUUGGUGUUGCAGAAAUCUUGUUCUCUCAGAUCCCAGAUUUUGAUCAGAUUUCAUGGCUCUCAAUGUUGGCUGCAGUCAUGUCCUUCACAUAUUCUUCCAUUGGUCUAGGCCUUGGGAUUUUUAAAGUUGCUGAAAAUAAAAAGAUUAAAGGAAGUCUGACUGGUAUUAGCAUUGGUACGGUGACUUCAAGUGGGAGUACUGUAACUGAAACUCAGAAGAUAUGGAGGAGCUUUCAAGCUCUUGGAGCCAUUGCUUUUGCUUAUUCUUAUUCCCUCAUCCUCAUUGAAAUUCAGGAUACAAUCAAGUCACCACCAGCUGAGUACAAAACCAUGAAGAAAGCAACUAUGAUAAGUGUAGUCACAACAACGAUCUUUUACAUGUUUUGUGGAUGCUUUGGCUACGCCGCAUUCGGUGACAUGGCACCCGGAAACCUACUCACCGGUUUUGGUUUCUACAACCCUUUUUGGCUUCUUGACAUUGCAAAUGCCGCAAUUGUAAUCCACCUUGUCGGGGCGUAUCAAGUCUACUGCCAACCCUUAUUCGCCUUUGUGGAAAACACGGCUGCUAAGUACUUCCCCGAAAGCAAGUUCAUCAACCACAACAUUGAGAUCCCGAUCCCAAUCGGUGGAUACAAACCCUAUAAACUCAACUUGUUCCGUUUAAUUUGGAGAACUCUCUUCGUGUGCAUGACGACAGUUGUUGCAAUGUUGAUGCCAUUUUUUAAUGAUGUUGUUGGGAUCCUUGGGGCAUUUGGGUUUUGGCCAUUAACAGUUUAUUUCCCGGUGGAGAUGUACAUUGUUCAGAAGAAAAUACCCAAGUGGAGUACGCGAUGGGUUUCGUUGCAAAUACUGAGUGCGGCUUGUCUAAUUAUCUCGAUUUGUGCUGCAGCAGGAUCGUUUGCUGGUGUGUUUUCUGAUCUUAAGGUCUACCAUCCCUUCAAGACAAUGUAUUGAUUGCGGAUUAAAAGGUGUUGUUGGAAUGAAAAAUUUUAGGAAACUCAAGAAAAUUUCAAUACACGUUGAUGUUAAAGAUAAAACAAUCCGAAAGAGAGGGAUUGUCAUUCUACCUUUGUACUUUUGUUGUUUUUUGUUUGUAUGUAUGUAUUUCAAGUAAUGGAAUCAAGUUAAUCCCAACAAUUGCUACUUCUCAA